AUGCCUGUUACCGAACUCGCUCUCCUCCGCCUGCUACCAGGCAUCGAAGUCUCGUCUCCAGCUCUGCUCGCGAACCUGUCCAAAGCCAAGGAUGUGAUGGAGGGAGCAAGCGGCCAUAAGUUCCAAUACUACCACUGCAUCGAAGACCCUAGCCUCAUCUUCAUCAUUGGAGCAUGGGCGUCGGUCACCUUUCAUAUGCAAGAAUUUAUUCCUAGCCGGGCAAACCAGGAGAUCCUGAGUCUCUUGAAGGACCAAAUCACCGUGCACUGGAUGUUCCAUCUCGACAUUGACCAGACGGCAACACCUCUCCCGUUGCAGGGACACGCCCUGGCGAUUGGUCGCCACUUCAUCGACAAAGGCGAGAAGGACGUCUUUCAGAGCAGGUUUGAGGCUAGUAGAGAUGAACUAGAAGGUGUCAUUGGUGGAAUUGGGCACGUUGUUGGAGGGUACAGGAUGGAUAAAGGGUUUGAUCCGUUGUUGUUGUCCCUGCCAUCGCGUGAAGAGGGAGAGAGGGAAGAGUUUGUGCUGUUUACUGGCUGGGACAGCGUUGAGCAUCACCAUCGUGCAUUGUCUGCUGAGACAGAAGGCUUCGAGGAAUCUUGUCAGAUCAGAAACUACCUGGGGGGAGCGGACAUCAAACAUGGAUCGUUGCUGCAUGUAUGUGUAGGCGAACCGGCGAGAGAGUGA